UCUUGUAAUUGUCUUUACGAAGUCAUUUAUCAAUUUCUAUUCUAUGAAAAUAAGUUUUAUUAUAACUGGAUUACAUCAUACGAAGCUACUUUCCUUUCUAUUUAGCUGUAAUUGAAGUCCUUGGAUUGUUAAUACGUAAAUAAAAAAUGGUUUAUGAUAUUUUAGUGAAGCGAUCUACAUUAUUCCUGGCGUAAGUAUGUGAUGGAAAGGUAAAGCUACAAGUUAUAUCAUCUAGUGAAAUCAAGAUACCUGUGGGAAUCGAGAUCUUUUGAAACUAAAGAUACGAGUGUGAGUCAUAUAAUCCACGUGGUACAAUAACCCUGCAUAUAGAUGACCCGUGGUCGAACGACAUACUUGUAAUAAAGAUAUAUUUAAACCUAUCAUUACGGAAGCUCUACAGUCUGUACAUCUAUAUGAUGAUAAUGUGACAAGUUGAAACCUACCAAUUACGGUGAAUUGUCACGGAACAUGCUAAGAUACAUCCUAACUCGGUGAACUAAUGUCAGAUGUAUACUAGAUUUUAUAGAGGUGGGGGUAAAGUGGCUAGCUGUCAACAUAAAUAUUUUUCGUACAACAAUUAUUAGGAUUUCAGCUUCUGAGAACCAAACAAUAUAUAUUCGGCCAGCUGUCACGCGAUACCAGAUGUCGUAGUAGAGAUGAGUGAAAAUGGUUAGAAUUUAAUAUAAAUAGAUUUUCUACAGCAAUUAUUAGAGUACCAGCUUCUAAGAGUCAAGCAAUAUAUAUUAAGAAAGACUCCUAUAGAUGAACCCGAUUCAUUUGCAACUAACAUAUUUUGUGAAUCAAAGGCGAUUGCGAGAAUUCGAUAGUCGAAAUAACAUGGACAUGCCAGUUACAUAAGUCUCCACUGAAAAAAACACAGGGGUCGUCCCAUAUCAAUACUUUUUGCAACGAAUUGGACACGCUGGUAUUCUAGAGUUAACGGAGCGCUAGAGUUUAUUUUCGGAGCCGAUUUAGUCAACGAAGCAGCAAGAUGUGCGGAUCAAAAGAUUUACUGUUUGUUAGUUUAAACUAUCAUUGUGUUACUAAACAAGACUUUGCAUUAAAUCUGUGUCUAGCUAUAUUAGGUAUUUUUAUUAUUUUAAUUAAUUUAUUAGCCGUAGUAACAUUAGUGAAACAUACAGACUUACAAGAACCUACCAACUAUUUUAUUGCUAAUCUAGCUGCCGCUGAUAUGGCCAUAGGUAUAUUCGUUGUGUAUGAUUUCUUCUACAAUAUUUUACAAUUUAAAUUCUAUAUAGAAUGUGUUCUACGGGUUGGAUUAUUUAUAUCCGUAAAUAUAGCCUCCGUCUUUAAUUUAACGGCUCUUACGUAUGACAGAUAUUUAAAAAUAACUAAACCCUAUUUGUAUAUCCGAGCUUUUACCAUGAGAAAAGUGAAAAUAGCCGAGGCUUCUAUUUGGGUUGGUUCACUUGUGUGUGGUUUGUUGCCUUUCUUUGGAUGGAGCACGAGAGAUAUAUUGGAAAUCUGUAAUUUUUUCGGAAUAAUGUCGCAGAGUUAUCUUAUCUUUGUCUUACUGGUGUUUACGAUACCAAGUGGGGUUAUUACCAUGGUAUAUAUUAUAUUCAUAAUACUAGCAUCACGUCAUAGAGCGGCUAUGGCGUCACAGAUGGCAAGUGUAUCCGGGGAUUCUGGAACCAUAAAGGCGUGGAAAUCCUUCAAAACAGCCUUUAUUAUUGUAGGGGCUUAUUUUCUUUGUUGGGGACCAGUCGGGACGUUCACCUUAAUUGUCGUAAUUUCAGACGUAGAAGAGACGAUGACGGUCUCGCCAAACGUAAUAUUUACAUAUUUAUUAGGGUUCGGUGUAUUAAAUAGUAUUCUAAAUCCUAUUAUUUAUGCUACUAAAAUUAGCGUCUUCAGGCGAAAAUUAUCCAACCUAUUCUGUAUUAGACGUCUUCAACAGUUCAAGAGGGCCUCGUUUAGAUCUAUAUCCAGUGUGUUCAGGAAUUCAGUGGCUUCCAAUACAGAUAAUCCUGUUGACCAAUCAUAUGGCUCGACAUUAAUCAGGGUGGACGAAACUUCCAACCAAUCACAGCCAUUACAAGAUGAAUCUGUUAAACCUACAGAACAUACUGUAGAAGUGGAAAAAGUCCCGGAUGAUGACGUGAAUGUCUCAGAUACAGUAUUGUGAUUGAUUUUAAAAUCUAAAUAAUGGAAAUGAUUUUACUUUACAUUUCUAUGGUAGUGAACAAGUGUGGGUAUUUCGCCGCGGUGAUGGGGUUAACACUGGCACUAUCUGGAAUGCUAAUUGGUCAAUGAUCAAGUCGCGUGCAUCUCCACCAUCUAUAUUGGUAGAACUGUUAAAUAAUAUACUAUUCAAAAAAAGUAGGGGAUAUUUGAUUUUUAAGUGUUAUUAAAGUCACCUAAUGAAACUGACGAAGAAACAAAUGACAAAAUGAAAUGAAGUUCACAUUCAUCGAUUUAUUCCAAAUGAUCGUUAGACUAAGUAAGGCACAGACUGACCAUUAUAAGGGUAAAAUGAUACCCGGGGUCAAACAGCAAAGUUACCACAGCAUCACAACCAAGUCAGUAACGGGUAAAUCCUCCUCUGUUUGCCAAACAAGCAUUGAUCCGACGUGGCAUACUCCUAAUGAGACGUCUAAGGUCACUUUGGUCCAGAUUGUCCCAUUCCUGUUGCAACGCAGCAGCAAGUUCUUGGACAUUGGCAGGACGUUGUUGACGUUGACGACGUUGACGUAACCUCUGUCCAAGCAUGUCCCAGACAUGCUCGAUGGGGGAGAGGUCGGGACUCAGUGCUGGCCAAGGUAAUGUGGUGAUGUUCUGUUGUUGGAGGUAACCUGUAACGAUCCUGGCCCUGUGACAUCUUGCGUUGUCAUCCUGGAAGAUGAAACGGCGGCCAUGACGUCGUGCGAACGGCACAACAUGGACUGCCAAGAUGUUGUCCCGGUAGUACUGGCCUGUAACACGCCCUGCAACAACAUGUAAAGCCGUUCUUCCAGCAACAGUGGUGCCUCCCCACACCAUAACAGAACCACCCCCAAAUCGAUCAUGUCUGAUGACGUUAACGUCUUGGAAGCGCUCGUUUCGACGACGCCACACCCUCCUACGUCUGUCCAAAAAAUCAACAGUGAACCUUGACUCAUCUGAAAACAUCACAUUGCUCCAGCGUCGAUUAUCCCAGUGUUGACGAUCCCUACACCAACGACGUCUUGCCUGAAUGUGAUGAUCUCUCAAACAAGGGAUCACGCGAGGACGUCGGGCGCGAAGGUGACCCCUAUGCAGUCGAUUCCGAAUCGUCUGGCCACUCACUCUCACACCAGUGUCUGUUUGAAGACGAGCGCUGAUCUGAUUUGCUGUGAUGACACGAUUUCUCAAGGCCAAGUUACGGAUAAAUCGAUCCUGGGCUUGAGUUGUCGCCCUUGGUCGACCUGAGCGUGGUCUGUCCUGUACAGAUUGUGUAUCACGGUAUCUGGACCAUAGCCUGCUUAUGACAGACUGAGAAACAUUCAUCGUCCGCGCCACAACCGCCUGUGUUGUGCCGAUCUGUAGCAUGCCAAGGGCACGUAACCUUUCAUUUUGGGUAAGCCGACGCAUAUCAAAAUUUGUUUUCUGGUCACUAAAACAAUUAAACUGAUGUUUCCACCCUGGAAUUCAAUGCCACAAUGACUGUAACAUUCAAAGUCAGAGUCGUGCAAAUCUUGGGUUGGACCCCCAUGAUGAUCCCAAGCAUCACCUGCAUUCCAUGCGGUAGCUAUUGGUGCGUUUGGGCGUCACAUGUAACUGGAAAUGUUUCUUCUGUUAGGUUCUAUAGUGACUUUUUUCGUAGUCAUUUGCAUAUUUUAGUAUUAUGCCCCCAAAAUCAAAUAUCCCCUACUUUUUUUGAAUAGUAUAUAAACUUACCUCUAUUAAAAUCUCUAAUCGUUAUUUCAGGAACAAAAGUACGCUCAAAUUUACUCACACUGAUUACUUCAUUAAGAAAUAAAACCAAAAUAUCAACGAUCAACUUGUUCCCGACAUAUAGGUGGUGCUGACCUCCUCAUGUCCAGGGCAGGGUUAACUAUGAUGUCGGCUUUAAUAUGAUACCAAAUUUAAUAUAUUUAAUUUAAAAUUUGUUUAAUGUUUUUGUCUUUUCUUACUGUGAUCUGUUUUGUCGCAGUUAAUAAUGACGUGUUAUGUUAUAUAAAGUUAAUUAUUUUGAUGUUUUCGUUAAGAGUGACAGUUUAUUUGUAAACCGGGGGCUGUUUCACGAAACUUUAACUAAGAUAAAAUCCAAAUUUUAGUAAUUUGAUUGGAUAAUAUUAGAUUGAUUUUAGUGCUUAGCCAAUUAAAAUUGAAGUAUCUACUAAAAUUUGGAUUUAAUCUUUAGUUAAAAUUCCCAGAAACAGGGCCCAGUAUAAGAAAAUCCUAAUGUGAUUUAGUGUACAUAUUAGAUUACAUUUUGUUAAUCUGAGUACGAGGAAAGCCCGGUGUGAUUUAGUAUACUUGUUACUUUACUUUGUUAAAUUUAAUGAUGAAUUCCUGGUGUAGUUUCGUUAUUUGUUUACUUGUUAGAUACAUUAUGUAAGAGCUAAUUCUACCUGUUUCAGCAGGUCUUUAUUUUAACUUUAAAUGUUAUAUGAACUAUUAUUUAGACAUUUAUUCACAUAAAUUUAACUAAUCCAUUUAAAUAGCAGAGAUUUAAAUGGAUUAGAACGCCAGCGAGAUUUAAAAAUUUAACUAUAAAAUGGAUAAGUGAGGUUUAAUCUCGUUUCUAGUAGCGUUCCUACGAUAAUAAACAAUCAUUGCUACUUCUUCCAACACUUAUAACUUCGCUCAAAAUAAAGUUAUUUGAAUGAAACUUUCAAUAAAUUCAUUUUAAUUAUCUUUUUCUGAACUAUUAUAGCAGGAACGACCAGCUACUAAUCUACAUCAUACAUAAUGUAUCUUUAACAUUAGUGCCAAGAUAUACCAGUACCAAUUAAUGUACAGUGUGUUAAUUUGAUGAUUUCUGUAAUAAUACACAUGUACAGUAAAAUAUAUUUGACUUAAAGAUCUGCAAUAUUAUAAUUAUUAUUUAUUGUUUGUAAAGUACACAAAUAUUGUAACACAAACCACAUAAUAUAAAAUUCUUCUUUU